CAUCUAGAUCUCAGGUCAGGGUUAAAUCAGUUCAUCUUCAUCUUCUUCCUGACCCCUUCACCUUCCACAUUUUUUGCAUUGCAGUUAAUCCUUUUCUAAAUCUAAUUCAAAGGAAACAAUGUUUGUCCGACUUCUCCCUCUCCUCGUCCUUGCCACCCCCAGCCUCCAGUUCUGGUUGCCCAGCUUUCCCUGGGACAAUUCAGAGGACAACAACACAGAGAUCAGGGUCUUAGAGGACAGGGAGGACAUGCUUACCACAUUGGACCAUUUAGAGGCCAUCGGAGAGGAUGCUGUUGAUACAACAAAUCAACUUAUUUCUCAGGUUGCAGAGGGCGCUGGGCACCUCAUUGAAGCCAAUGCUGAUAUUGUGGCAGAUAUCACAAAUUAUGUUUGGACUACAGCUAACAAUCAUUUUGAUUUCUUGACAUCAGCAGCAGGAGAAGCUGGAGCACUGGCCACCGAUACCCUGAGCAACACCGUGGACUUGAUCACCAACAUCUUCAACCACAAGGUGGAGGCUAUAGAGGCUGGUGUAGAGGACGGGGUAGAGGCCGUAGAAAUAUUGGUUAAUCAGGAUCAUCAAUAAAAUGGAAUUUAAAAGAAUGUUCAUUUUAUAAUACGGCAGGGCUAUGCACAAAAGAAGAGACUUUAAUGACGACCUGAAUAUCUUAUAUGCAUUAAAAGAUUGAAGUCUCAUCCUUGUGAUUUUAUACAUCACGGACUUUUUUUUCAAAACAAAACAUACAAAGCAUUUAUCAGUAAGUAAAAACAAACGGCCUUUUAUCAUUUGGAUAAUUCGUCCACUGUUUAACCUAGAAUAUCGAAAGAAUUUACAAAAUGUCUUUUUCAUCACCUAAAGAUAAUGGAAUGCGGCAGAUAUUUUUUUAAUAGUUACGUGUUCCCGCAUAUUUUAUGGGUAUUUAGAUAUAACAGUAAAAACCCUGAAAAAUUGUCAAGACGACAUUCUAUAAUUGCUUUCUAUGUUUCCGAAGUUCUGGGUUAAUUGUAUGAAAGU